AAACACCACAGGAGUGAGUCGAGUUCAAAGGCAGCCCUGCAGCUCUGGGGUUGGAGGGAAAAAACAACCUUUCAGUCUGAGAGAAUGAAGUGUCUCUGUGGAAACAUAAAACAUUAACUCUGUCCUGUUAGAGGCGCAGAGGAAGAUACAACAAAACAGCUAUAGGACCAAAAUACAAUUGCAAAUGUUUGAAAUCCGAUUCCAAAUUAUUAGCAGAAUCUUCCAGACGUUUCAUUUCGGAACAUCCCACGUUUCUUACUCUCCACUGAAUGUGUCAAACCAUAUAUACAAUGAAAAGGGGAUAUUCUGCAAACGAAAUGUUUGAUAUUCUAUUGCCAAUUCAAUUAUGUGACAAAUGCCCAAGGAAAAGUUUAAUUUAUUACAAUUCCACGUUUUACAUUUAGUAAAUAUAUGGUUGUGGCCACAACUACCAAAUUAUUUAGAUAGAAAGGAUAUAGUUUAUAACAAAAUCAAACGUGGCAAAAGAAAACAACGUUUAUUUUUGCUAAUCGGGGGAGGAAAAAAAACAUCAACCAACAGGGAUUAAAUUUGAAGUAAAUCUGUUUUCUCAUGAUAGGCUAUAGAGGGCAUUGACAUUAUGCAUAUGUGGGCCCGGCCUAUAGAUGCCACAGAUGUUCACUUGGCGAGCGUCCUCGUCUUUACCACUGGGGGGCGCAUCUCAAUAAUUCAGAGUAUAUUCUCAUCUCCUUUCCUUCGAAUUCACUGAUCUGAAAAGACUGGAGUGAGGAAAUAAAUCACCUUCAUCCGCCAUAUUGCUUUCUUCUGUUUGUCAAAUCAGUGCCGCCUGAGCUGAAGGAAUAGGUGAUGAAGAGAGGACGCCAUUUUACACCAUUGGGAUACGAUCAUAGAUCUGCCAGUUUUUCUUACAACUAUGUGGGGACGGACCACCUGGUUCUAACCGGGUUUACGGCCAAUUUACAGAAUAUGCCUCAUGCUCCUCGGUAGUCCAAAACCUGGGCGGACCGCGUUAAGAUUAACGUGGUUUCCCCAAAUCAGCGCGGUUUCUAUCUGCAGCUGCAGGAAGCAUAAAGGACAGAGAAAGGCAAGACAGCCAGCCCGAGGCCCGUCUCUACUACCAUGCAGCGGCCGGGUGGUCGCCAUCGCCACAAUGGCCACUCUCUGCUCCGCAAUAACAAUUCCAUGAUCUCAUACAUCGCUUCUCCUUCACCGCGCGCUUCCACCACGGGCGCCUAUGCGGAAUACUCCACCAACAACAACAGGCCGAUAAAGCCCGAGCUGGUCUGCAAAUGGACGGACCACGAGCACCGUGACCGAACUUCAAAACAAAGGAUAUGCGACCAAACUUUUAGCUCCAUGCACGAGCUGGUGGACCACGUAAGCACCGAGCACGUCGCUGGGCUCGAGCCCCUGAGCCAUGUUUGUAUGUGGGAAGAAUGCCUGAGAGAAGGAAAGGCGUUUAAAGCCAAAUAUAAACUGAUAAACCACAUCAGGGUACACACUGGGGAGAAACCGUUCUCCUGCACUUUCCCAGACUGCGGGAAAGUGUUUGCUCGGUCGGAAAACCUCAAGAUUCACACGCGCACGCACACAGGUGAGAAGCCAUUUCAGUGUGAGUUCCCCGGCUGCCUGCGGAAAUUUGCCAACAGUAGUGACCGUAAGAAGCACUCGCAGGUUCACACCAGCGCCAAACCGUACGACUGCAAGUCCCACGGCUGCUUCAAGUCCUACACACACCCCAGCUCCCUCAGAAAACACAUGAAGAUCCACCUCAACGCACUCAAGUCCUCUCCUACCUCCGAACCCAUAGACCUGUCGUUCACAGGGAUUCUUGGGAAACGUAGUUCCCGGGAUUACGUAGCUUCGCGGACUAACUGCUCGUCCUCCAGGCUCUCGCUGGCUCCGCCGGUGUCCAACAUGAAGGAGUGGUACGUGUGUACCAGGACCACAGGUCAGGGACAGAACUACCUCCAACUCACAGCAGACCAGAUCAAGUCAGAACCGUGCGGUGCUGAUGAGGAGUAUUAUAACCCCACGUAGCAGGAGGCUUUGCAUUAAGGACUGUGUCCACUACAAUGGAUCCUAAAUACAAGCUGUAAGGACAUGACGUACGUCUCGUAUCAAUGUGGCCAUGUGAUUAUUUAAAACACAUUAUUAUUAUUAUUUUAACCUUUUAUUUAACUAGGCUAGUCAGUUAAGGACGAAUUCUUAUUUACAAUGACGGCCUACCCCCGGCCCAAACCCGGACGACACUGGGCCAAAUGUGGGACUCCCAAUCACGGGCGGAUAUGAUACAGCCUGGAUUCGAACCAGGGACUGUAGUGACACAACUCCAUGCACUGAGAUGCAGUGCCUUAGACCGCUGCGCCACUCGGGAGCGAUGAGCACAACACACUUCCCCUGUCAAUAUGGAGAUGGACAGAUGGAAUGAAGACUUACUGUAUGUGUGAAUGUCUGGGCCAGUGUUCAUAAUGUAGCGCCAUGUAAGAGUGCUGAUCUGGGAUCAGGUUAGCCUUUUAGAUCAUAAUGAAUACUAGAGAGAGGACCAGAUCCUAGUGCUGAUCUGGGAUCAGUUUAGCCUUUUAGAUCAUAAUGAAUACUAGAGAGAGGACCAGAUCCUAGUGCUGAUCUGGGAUCAGUUUAGCCUUUUAGAUCAUAAUGAAUACUAGAGAGAGGACCAGAUCCUAGUGCUGAUCUGGGAUCAGUUUAGCCUUUUAGAUCAUAAUGAAUACUAGAGAGAGGACCAGAUCCUAGUGCUGAUCUGGGAUCAGUUUAGCCUUUUAGAUCAUAAUGAAUACUAGAGAGAGGACCAGAUCCUAGUGCUGAUCUGGGAUCAGUUUAGCCUUUUAGAUCAUAAUGAAUACUAGAGAGAGGACCAGAUCCUAGUGCUGAUCUGGGAUCAGUUUAGCCUUUUAGAUCAUAAUGAAUACUAGAGAGAGGACCAGAUCCUAGUGCUGAUCUGGGAUCAGGUUAGCCUUUUAGAUAAUAAUGAAUACUAGAGAGAGACCAGAUCCUAGUGCUGAUCUGGGAUCAGUUUAGCCUUUUAGAUCAUAAUGAAUACUAGAGAGAGGACCAGAUCCUAGUGCUGAUCUGGGAUCAGGUUAGCCUUUUAGAUAAUAAUGAAUACUAGAGAGGACCAGAUACUAGUGCUGAUCUGGGAUAAGUUUAGCCUUUUUUAAAUCAUAUUGAAAAAGAUAGCAUUAGACAAGGAGGACCUGAUCCAGGAUCAGCACUCUGAGGCGCUUUAUGAAUACAGGCCCUGAUGUCCGUGUGUUAUCUAAUGAGAAGCCGUAGCCAUGAAAUGUAUUGCCAUAAGAGAUUAAAGACAACACCCCUCUGAUUGACACCCGGGGGCCUGUAUUCACAGAGCGUCUCAGAGUAGGAACGCUGAUCUAGGAUUUAACAGACAAAACUGCUUUGUAAAUACGGGGCCUGAUCCGAGUUAGAUUCUUAAAGAUAUUUGAGCUGCGCUUGAUUUACAUAUUUAUGGAGUUGGCACUUUUCUGAUUGGUCCAUUGGUUCCUGUGUACCAGGCAAACUAAAUCAAGCGCAGCUCAAGUAUUUGACAAAUGUAAUGGACUCAUGUCUGGUUGUAAAGCGACUGAAGCAGAGCGUCCGGUGUAGUAAUGUAAACAUAAAGGUACCUCUGAGACGGUUUGCUCUGUUCAAUAACUGUCAGAUUGACUCUCUAAUGACUACUUCCAAUGGAAGAAAUGGUGAACGUUCCCAUGACAGCAGCUCCAGCCCUAUAGAAGCCAUGUUAUGAUGUACCUAAUGACUUGGGUGUAGAACCGUGAUGGGGUGUCGUUGAAUUCUGAAUGUGAGAAAUGGUUAACGUUCCCAUGACAGCAGCUCGGGCCCUAUAGAAGCCAUGUUAUGAUGUACUUAAUGACUUGGGUGUAGAACCGUGAUGGGGUUUCGUUGAAUUCUGAAUGUGAGAAAUGGUGAACGUUCCCAUGACAGCAGCUCCAGCCCUAUAGAAGCCAUGUUAUGAUGUACUUAAUGACUUGGGUGUAGAACCGUGAUGGGGUUUCGUUGAAUUCUGAAUGUGAGAAAUGGUUAACGUUCCCAUGACAGCAGCUCGGGCCCUAUAGAAGCCAUGUUAUGAUGUACCUAAUGACUUGGGUGUAGAACCGUGAUGGGGUUUCGUUGAAUUCUGAAUGUGAGAAACGUUGCCAGAACCUCAUGAUGAGUCACUCUGUUUACAUGUGACUGUGCUGAUCAGUGUGGUGGUCGUUGCUGUGUUGACUUACAGCGAAGAGGUUUAUUAUAUUUUCUGAACAUUUAUUAUUGUGUCUUAAAUCUAUUUUCUCAGCCUUUCAUAGUGCCUCAUUAAACCCUAUUCCCACAUUGA